AUGGCUGACGACGCCGCGGCGAUGCGGACGGUCGUCGCGGAGCUCUUGGAGAGGAACGCGCGCGUGCUCGCGACGCUCAAGGCGCUCGCGCGUCGGCGCGGGGACGCGCCGCCGACGACGGAGGAGGUGGCGCUCGCGAUCGUCGCGGAGGAAAACGUGCGCGAGCUCUGUUCGAGAUCGGACGCGCCCCCCGGGAUCUCGGACCGCCUGCGCGCGUUCGUGGACGAGGCGCGCGCGCUCGGGCUGAUUCCGCCGGAGGCGUCGCCCGCCGCGCCGCCGCCGCCGCGCGCGAUGUCGUCGGACUCGCCCCCGGCGACGCGCGGGGACGGGCGAUUCGACCCGACGCUGUCGCCUAGUCGCAGUGAUGGUCGGAGAGAUAGUUUAGAGUAA